CUAAUCAUAUUAAAAGUGAUUUUUUAUUUUUGAUAUGCACACGUCGGAGAUAUAGUGCAACAGUUUCUGUUUGGGCAUAAGUAACAGUGGGUGUCUUUGUUUGUUCGCCGUAAGCAUGUGCGCUAGCCUCCAAGCUAACGUUAGCUAGCCAGCGGUUUAGUAGCUUAGCCCAACAGCUAACACUGUCAAACCAGUCAGUUUCAGUGUCCGUAAUGUUUACUUUAAAACUUUUCAUGGAAGGUUGUUUUAAGUUUUACCUUCAUAAUCACCUGACUUUUUGUUUUUAAACAUCUCUUUGUUGCUAGCAAUGGAGGGCUCCAAGUCUUCGAGCACAACCAUGCAGGUGAGCUUCGUUUGUCAGAGAUGCUGUCAGCCACUAAAACUGGAUAAGUCCUUCAAUGUCCUCGAUCGGGUCACUAUCCAGGAACUUAUAGCUCCGUUGGUUACAGUGACCCCCAGCAAGCAGUCUGACAACAGCGAGGGGGAGACGGCACCAGAGGAAACGUUUGUUGAAAAUAAGCAAGAUGGGGUGUCAAGAAAAUACAUCCCUCCCGCACGGAUGAUGUCCACAGAGAGCGCCAACAGCUUCACACUGAUUGGAGAAGCUUCUGAUGGAGGCACAAUGGAAAACCUCAGUCGUAGGUUAAAGGUGACUAGUGACUUGUUUGACAUCAUGUCAGGCCAGACAGAUGUGGACCAUCCACUGUGUGAGGAGUGUACUGACACUUUACUGGACCACUUAGAUACACAGCUCAACAUCACAGAAAACGAAUGCCAGAAUUACAAGCAGUGUCUGGAGCUGCUCUCACACCUGCAAGUAAAUGAAGAAGAGACCAUGCUGACAGAGUUGCAGCAGCUGAAAGAGGAGGAAGAUCGACUGGUCCAGGAGCUGGAAGCUGUAGAGGCAGAGAGGGCUUUUGUUGCUCAGGAAUUGGCCCAGAGCAGGGUCCACUCUCAGCAGCUCGACACAGAGGAGCUACACUACCAAAAGGAAUACAGUGAGUUUAAACGGCAACAGCUGGAGCUGGAUGAUGAGCUGAAGAGUGUUGACAACCAGAUGCGUUACUGCCAGAUUCAGCUCGACCGACUAAAAAAAACCAAUGUCUUCAAUGCCACAUUUCACAUCUGGCACAGUGGCCAGUUUGGUACCAUCAACAACUUCCGACUGGGUCGACUUCCCAGUGUCCCAGUUGAGUGGAAUGAGAUCAAUGCAGCCUGGGGGCAGACAGUACUGCUGUUGCAUGCUCUGGCCAACAAAAUGGGUCUGCGCUUUCAGAGAUAUCGUCUCGUGCCAUAUGGAAACCACUCAUACUUAGAGUCAUUAACAGACAAGUCCAAGGAACUUCCUCUGUACUGCUCAGGUGGUCUGAGGUUCUUCUGGGACAAUAAAUUUGACCAUGCCAUGGUGGCCUUCCUGGAUUGUGUCCAACAGUUCAAAGAAGAAGUGGAAAAAGGAGACACUGGCUUCUGCCUUCCGUACAGGAUGGAUGUAGAGAAAGGCAAGAUUGAGGACACAGGAGGCAGUGGGGGCUCUUAUUCCAUUAAAACUCAGUUUAACUCCGAGGAGCAGUGGACUAAGGCCCUGAAGUUUAUGCUAACCAACCUGAAGUGGGGUCUGGCCUGGGUCACGUCACAGUUCUACAAUAGAUAAAGCUGGUGGACAAUGGCCUGUUACAAGUUUUACAUAUUCCCAUCUAAUAAAGGUUUUAGUGAAUCUUACUUGGCCAAAGAAAUUGCAAUUAUUGUUUUUCACCACUGAUAAGCAUUGGAUUUUUUGUGGAUUACAAAAAGUUAAAUUCAAUCUGAUGCAGAGUGGAUAUAAGACAUUACAUACUGUCAUUUCAUGUAAGCAAACAUAUGACAAACUGCUUUUUUAAAUUCCUUAAAAUGUAAUGAUUUCUCAAACCAGACUUUAAACAAAAUGUUCCCCAGUUUUGUUCUAACCCAUCACAUCGAAAAAUGUCUUGGUUUUCAAUUGCACUGUACACCUUUGAAGUCACCUUGUAGCUCUCACCACUGUGAGAAAAAGAUUUCCGUAAUGUUCCAGUUCUAAGCUGUACGAAUAUGAUGUAAUGACUAUACAGGUAGAAUUGUAUUCUUAUACACUGUAUGUGUAUGUCAGUAUUCAUGAAAUUUGAGUGCAGUUAUGGCAGUGUCAAACAUAUUUUGCAGCUAUACUGUUGUAUUAGGAGGUGCACUAAUAGAGCCCCGUGCAGCAUCACAUGAAUAUCUGUUUUUGAUGACUGAUACGGAACUAGCAUGUGGGUUCUAAGUCAAUAAACAUGUGGUUUGAAAAUAGA